AUGAGGGAUUUUGAAGGACAUGAAAAUGACUUUUUGAUAAAUACACCAGCGGAAAUAUUGGCUUUACAAUUGGACUUGCUUUUACUGGAAAAUCAACUUUCAUAUAUUUUACUCGAGGGAUUAUACAAUUUAGUCACCGGUAGCCCUUCCUUCAUUGAUCUUGGUUUUAAAUUCUUCAGGGUUCAGAUGUUUUCUCAGCGUGCACCCAAGCAAAAGGAGUUCAAACAUUUCACCGAUCUGCAAAGAGCUACUCUAGUGGAAAAUUUCCCAGCAGAGGAGUAUACUAAAAAUUAUACCGUUGAUAUAAGCGAGUUACAUUGUGCCACAAAGCUACAAGAGUCAGGAGUGAAAUUCAGAUGUGCUUCUGGGGAGGGACGCUUACUGGUGAUAAGAUUUGAGCAAGGCGAGUUAAGGAUCCCACAAUUAAGCGUCUUCCACGAGACAGACACCAUGCUACAGAACAUCAUGGCAUUGGAGCAAUGUCGCUAUCCACGUUACUCUCUCGUCGUCUGUGCUUAUGUUCGACUUCUGGACUCUCUUAUAGAAGACAAAAGGGAUGCGCAGCUGCUUGUUGACUAG